CUUCAGCCACCAGAGAAUAGGUUUUCCAGCAAGCCAUUCUCCUUUCCCUCAAGCAUAUGGACAUCGGUCUGUACCAUAUGGGAGAUCUCCGGCGCGCGGCCUUUGUUCAGAGCCUUCCUUCCAACCUUGACCUGGUUUAAUGUGGCCAAUGCUAAGAUAUGA